GUUUUACUUGGUUUACAUUGCAAGCACGUGACCCUAGCUAUAUUGCUUUAGCUAGUUCAACACUUAUGGCGACGCAAAAAGAGCACUUUCAAAUUCCUCAAUGGCGACUGUUCGUACGCUUUAAUGGGUCUUCUGCGCCGUCGUCCGCCUGUCAAGGCUAGUGAUGAAGACUUUGAGGCCUUCGCUCGACUGUCUCUUGCCAACGACAGCGAUCGGUUGCUUGAACGCUUAAUCUGCCUUCUUCCUCAUCGGCGGUCAGCACCCUGGCACGAGUGGAAAGACGCCUGGAAGAAGGUCAACUUGUGGGAUAUCGAACCCAUCAUCCAGGUGGCGGCAAUCGCAGAUAAUAGCACUGUCGUUCUGGAUGGUGCCUACGGUGCAACCAUCCACUGGCGUAAGCUGCACCCCGUUGCAUUCUCUAAGCGCAAGACGGCGUGGAGAGAGGCCGUGAAGUGGGGCAUCCGUCUCGGAGCUGCAUACUUCCUCACGGCUGUCAUCCUUAUUGCCGAGUCUCCAAAGCCUGGUAACACCACCAUCAAGAACCCAUACGGGCCAAAUAUUGUCAUACCUCGCCCAACGAGCCCACUGCUCAUCAUCGGCAUUAUUUCCCUCAUCCUGACUAUCUUUGUCCUCGUCUAUGCCCCCUGGGCCAUGCUCAAGAUCUAUCGCGGGAAGUUCUGGAGCACCCAGGGCUGGUUCUUCGGCAUCGAGGGCUGCGCGGACAUUGCACAAGUCGAGAAGUGCCUUUUUGCCAGCAAUCACCACCGCCUCAAAUGGAGCACUAAUGGCAGUAUGCUCUCAAGGCAUCAUCUGGGCAGGCUUCACAACGAGAACGGCCGGGAAUGUCUCCCUGAAGAACCUGUGGCAGCUUCUUGGACCCGAGGUCAAUUUGAGGCUGCGCGGAGGGACAGAGGCGGAAUCGAGAGGCUGUAUACUCUCAUCGACACCUACUCCAUGGAGGCGACGCUGUUCUGGGCGGAAGUGCCGCCAACUGCGGUCUUCAUCUGUGGCAGUGAAGGUGGUAUGAAGCGAGCUAUUCUUUGCUCCUUUGAUUGGAAGACGAACAGUUUUGUAAGGGAGACGGUCGUGCGUAUGAAGACUAUGGUGGUUGAUAAGAUGUCACGUGUUGAACGGUUCAGGUUUGCCCUGUCGAGGAAGGACACUUUCCAAGUGGAGGAGACGCACUAGGUCUCCGAGGGAAGUUGGGACUCUUUUCGACGCUAUUAUCAUGACCGUUGAUCGGUCCGGAGAUUUGAACCGUCGCUAUUGUAAUGUUCGUUUUCUUUAUACUAUCUCUGUCUAGUGUUAUAUAGCUAUCUCUCUUGAAUGUUCCCCAAGCUGUAGACAGUUCUCUGACCACAUAGUCUCUGAC